UCUGUAUGUGCGCACACAUUCGUCAUCCCCAUCGACCAUGGCUAGGAAACAAGGUCACGUUUAGCCAAUAGUUUAGCCCUGGCCAAUCUGACCUCGCUUGGUGAGCGACAGCCAGAGACGGAGGAAGAAGAAGAAGGAGCAAAAGAAGAUACUAACGUUUCACCACAACCCCAUGUUUUGGAAUAUGAAGGUCCUCCUAAUCUGCCAACGUUGUAGAAUCCUCUGGAAACGACUAGUUAAACGAAAGAUCGCGGCAGUCUUCAUCGUCUUCGCAAUCGUGUCCCUAGCGGAGGUUCAACAAUACAUCCAGCGACCCAAGAGAACACGCCAUUGCUGUAAAGGCUCGUCAGAGGCAGAGGACUGUAACCGAUGUUCCCCGCAUUCCACAUUCUUCCUCAACACCCUUCCGGAGGCCGGUUCACCGCGCCGCCUCAAUGAGCGAGCAAACAACGUGUUCCCUUACAAAUACAUCUUCAACGUACCAGGCGCCUGCAAGUCCACCUCAUUACAUUACUUGGUUGCUACGAACUCUGAACCUCAAAACCUGGUGGACAGGCAGCAGCUACGGUCGUCGGUAGGAAACUUUCUUCUUCCAAACGCCACCGUCCGACGAUUAUUUUUUAUGGGACGUCCGAAUCACCGUUACCCCAUGGAAGAGCUUCACGAAGAACAAAGCUACUUUCAAGAUAUUGUAUUGGGAGACUUUUCUGGCACGCCCGAAAACGCCACCCUUGUUAGCGUCAUGAUCCUCAAGUGGGUAAUGACGUACUGUAGGAAUGCGAAGUUCGUAAUCAAGCUUUCCAACGAUGGGCGACUCUCUGCGGAGUCUCUGCGCUUGUCCUACGGCACGUUUAAAAAAUAUUCCGCCCAUUACCAACUACUCGGGAACCUGGUGAGCCUGAACGGCCAAACAUGCACACAGCCCUCUGAAGACAGUGAAGCACCGACUGACUGCUCUGGUGCAGGGUACUUGACAGGAUGCGUGUAUCUGAUGACGCAGGAAGUUGUACGCCCCAUGUUUUACGCUGUGGCUAAGAACCCGAUUAUACCAGCGGAAGACCUCUAUAUGACUUACAUUCUGGCGGAGAGUGUCGGGGCAAGAAAGGCAGACGUGACUGUCUUCCACGGGUGUUCCUUGAAACCUAGAAGAGAACCUCUCGGGCUCCUGGCUGUGUUGGUCCGCAAAUUCGGACUUGAAUAUUAGAAAAUGUCUGCCGGGUAAUUAUUUUAUUUCGUUAUACUGUAUACGUAUUAUUUGUGUACUGCAGUGCAUGCGCUGUUGUCACAUGUGGAACGUUGAAUGGAACUAUACAUAUAGUCAC